AUGCCUCAACCGCCAGAAGAUUAUGCCAAGAUACAGAUCUUCCCUGAUAUAUCGGCGGCAACUCUUCGAAAACGGAAAGAAUUCCUGCCCAUUACUACCGCGCUCCGCAACAACGGAAUAAGAUACAGAUGGGGGUAUCCGACGAAAUUGUUGGUGGUGAAGGAUGGAGUGCUGAAACCAAUCUUCACCCCAGAAGAUGGAGCAGCCAAACUGAAAACAUGGGGUAUUAACCCCCAACUGGAACCCGCUCAAGCCUCACCAUGGCAUAGAUUGCGGCUAGAAUGGCAAGCAGCCCCGA